AAAUCAUUAUAGGUAGGUCCCCAGUUCAUUUAUAUAGUGCACUCUCAAGUGAUCCUGGUUUUUUUGCAUAUGCACCAGAUUUAUUCAGAAUCAGAUGGCUCAUGAAUUUACUGGGGAGCUACAAAACCUUAAGCCCUCUUUCUCAGGAAUCAACUCUUCAAAUUUGCUGUUGAUAGGGAAUAUUAACCAGAGAGCAUUAGAGAAUUUUAGCUCAACCGAUGAUCAAGAUCAAUUUGUAGCCUUCUCCAAUUGCAGCAGCUUCUCCAAUCAUCAACAGCAACCGCAUCUCCCUAUGAACUUCGCUAAUAAUAUCCAAAGCUUGCUGCACGUAUCUCCUCCUCCUCCUGCUGCAGUUUCUGGAACAGGGCAGAGUGAAAAUAUGAGGAACUUUGGAGGAAGAAAACGAAAGAGAAAGGAUGAGAAAGAUUUGCAGAAACCAACAGAAGUAGUUCAUGUGAGAGCUAAAAGAGGCCAAGCUACAGAUAGUCACAGUUUAGCAGAAAGGGUAAGAAGAGAGAAAAUCAAUGAGAAGCUUAGGCACUUACAGGACCUGGUUCCAGGCUGUUAUAAGACAAUGGGAAUGGCAGUAAUGCUGGAUGUCAUCAUUAAUUAUGUUCAAUCACUCCAGAAUCAAAUUGAGUUUCUCUCUAUGAAGCUUUCGGCAGCUAGUAUGUACUAUGAUUUCAACUUGGAGAAGGACAACAUAGAAACAAUUCAGGGGACAAAUGCAUAUGAAGUACAAGAGAUGGAGAAGAUAGGAAGAGAAGGGCAUGGGGAACCUUGUAAUUAUUUUAACUCAGCAUGGCCCCUUUGACUAAAAUCAUAAUUAGUAUUAUAUAUAAAUAAUAUAUAUUUGUAAUUUCUUCUUUUUAAAAUUUACUUAUAAGCAGACAUGCAUGCAUGCAUGCGAAGGAAAAUUGUACACCUUAUCUACACCUUACCUAUCUGCUUAUAGCAAAUGAACAAACAUGAAGCAUAUAUAUAGUCGUUAUUAAUGUAAUCUUGUACUUUGUCUAUAAUAAUUUAUGGUAUCCUUUUAUCUUAA